ACGAACGUCGGCAUUCUCGACCAUAGAGAUUAUAGCAAAACUGUAGAUUCUUCAGGUUGGAACCAUCCAUAGAGACUCUGGGGCAGUUUUCCAGUUCUGUUAUGAGUAACCCACCUCAGGGUUCCUCCCUGGCCUCCCCUAUCCAAGCUGCCGCUGUGACAGGGGAUAAGACCACAUUGCUGAGACUUAUUGCUUCCAGUCCACAAGUGAUUGACCAAGAGGACCAGUUGGGAAGGACACCAUUGAUGUACAGCGUCCUGGGGGACAGGAGAAGCUGUGCAGAAGCUCUGCUCAAACAUGGGGCCAAGGUAAACCGCCCUGACAGGAGUGGGAGGACUGCCCUGCAUCUUGCUGCCCAGACUGGCAACCAUCGCUUGCUGAAGCUUCUACUAUCCCGAAAAGCUGACUGCACCCAUCGGGAUUUGUGUGACAUUACGGCGCUGCACCUUUCUACCCGCCACCAAGAUACACAAUGCCUGGCUCUGCUGCUGAAAUACACUCCGCCUGGUCAGGUCGAUGCUCAGGAUCAGAGGAAACAGACAGCCCUUCAUUGGAGCGCCUAUUACAACAGGCCACAACAUGUCCGCCUGUUAGUGCGCCAUGGGUCCAAUAUUGGGAUACCUGAUACAGAAGGAAAGAUUCCGCUUCACUGGGCAGCAGGUCACAAAGACCCAGAAGCAGCCUUAACAGUGCGUUGUUUGCUUGAAGCAGCCCCUACUGAAUCCCUUCUCAACUGGCAGGACUACGAAGGCCGCACACCUCUUCAUCUGGCUGUGGGAGAUGGUAACCAAGAAGUAGUGCGACUUCUCACUUCCUAUAGGGGUUGCAACGUAGCGCCAUAUGACAACCUCUUUCGUACUCCCUUACACUGGGCAGCACUGCUAGGCCACACUCCCAUUGCUCACCUACUUCUUGAAAGAAAUAAUUCCCCUAACAUUCCUUCUGACAGCCAGGGUGCAACACCUCUGCAUUACGCUGCACAGGGAAAUUGCCCAGACACAGUAAGAGUCCUGUUAUCUCAUCCUUCUGUGAGGGACGAGGCCGAUUUGGAAGGUAGAACUGCAUUAAUGUGGGCUGCUGGCAAAGGCAGUGAUGAAGUUGUGAGAACUAUGCUAGAGCUAAACCCUAAAUUAGAGGUCAACAGGACAGACAAAUAUGGAGGAACUGCACUGCAUGCAGCCUCAUUAUCUGGGCAGAUUACCACUGUGCGCAUUCUCCUGGAAAACAGAGCUCAAGCUGAUGCUGUGGAUGUAAUGAAACACACGCCACUGUUUAGAGCAUGCGAGAUGGGUCACAGAGAGGUAAUCGCUACCCUUAUUAAGGGUGGUGCAAAAGUGCACCUUGUAGACAAAGAUGGGCGCUCUCCACUCCACUGGGCAGCAUUAGGAGGAAACGCUAAUGUCUGCCAAAUUCUAAUAGAGAACAAUAUAAAUCCCGAUGCUCAAGACUAUGAAGGCAGGACACCCUUGCAAUGUGCAGCUUAUGGAGGUUAUAUAGGAUGUAUGGAGGUUCUAAUGGAGAACAAAGCCGAUCCCAAUAUCCAAGACAAAAAUGGCCGCACAGCUUUGCAUUGGUCAUGUAAUAAUGGCUAUUUGGAUGCUGUAAAGCUUCUUCUAGGAUACAAUGCUUUUCCCAAUCAAAUGGAGAAUACAGAAGAAAGAUAUACACCUCUAGAUUAUGCCUUACUUGGCGGUCACCAAGAAGUAAUACAGUUCAUGCUAGAACAUUGUGCCCUUUCAAUUGCUGCCAUUCAGGACAUUGCAGCUUUCAAAAUUCAGGCAGUAUACAAAGGCCAUAAAGUACGGAGGGCCUUCCAGGAAAGGAAAAACCUGUUAAUGAAGCAUGAGCAAUUAAGGAAGGGUGCAGCAGCCAAAAAGAGGGAGGGUGAGAACAGACAAAAAGUGAAAGUGGGACAAACAAAGGGCAAGCAAAAAGAUGCAGAUCCUAUGGAGAGGCAAGAUAAAUCAAAUGAACAAAUAAUUAAGAAUGAGGUUGUGCAUGAAUGGCAGGGUGAAGCCUCUGGGAAUGCAGAAGACAGAAAAGGUGAGCACAGAGAGGAAAAUUUAGAAACUAACCAUUUACAACACUCCAAACACAUGGCAAAGAAUCAAAGAAUAACAGCUCAAAUACAAAGCUCUCCUUCAGAACAUGAACAUACAAAUAGCAUUCAAAUAAGAACAAGUCCCAGUGGAACAUCUAAUACACAAUCAUCCCCACUGGGAAAUGAAAUCCCUAAAAACAUGUAUUGGGAUGAUAACCCCAGCCAGAAACAUACUCAGACUAGGAGAACCUCCAGACAUCAGAUGGAAUCUCCAGAUGUUGUAGUGCACAGAAUUGAGGACCUCAUCCAAAAGGAAAGCAGAAGGAAAUCCCACAGGGAAGAAAGAAAGGGAAGUCACAGGCAGAGACAGUCUAGUGAUUAUAGGUUGCACACUAGUGAAAAAGAGGCUUCAGACUCUGCGAUCCACAGAGAGGAAGAAGGCAAAAAAAAGGAAACAAAGAAAGGCAGAAGAACUGUUGCUGUUACUCCCAAAAUUGAAGCUUGCUGCAAAGGUGGAUGUGGAAAAUUGUCACAGAGUGAAAAGGUUUCUUUGGGUAUUGGAAUCCAAGGAAGGGUGGACUGCAUUACUUCACCUGAACCUUGUGAAACCCCAAGCAGAGUUUGUCGAGAAAGAAAAACUAUCUCUGCCAAAACUGGUCAGAGACCUUUAACAGAAACACAUAAGCCUCCAGGAAAGGCAUGUCGAAGUUCAUCCGCCUUAAAGUCUUCCUUGCCUAGUCACAUUAAACAAACAGCCAUUGACAGUAAAUGUUUAGACUCUACGCUUAGUUAUAUUGGCUUUGGAGAAGCCAUUAAACCAUUAUUCCCUAUGGGCAUUUUAAGGGAAGGAAGUUUUUUUUCUAAAUGGCAAAAUAUAGACAUUGAGCUGAUCCCCUUACAGGCAAGACUACAACUGGUAGAGAGGGAGAAAGCCAGAAAGCAGCUCUUCCAACGUAAAAACCACGCUGCCACUGUCAUUCAGAAGGCGUGGAGAACCUACUGGGUUAGGAAAAGCUCUUGUAAAACAAGACACAGCCGUUCACAGAACAAUCCUCCAGCCAUGGUUUAAAAUCCAUUUCAAAGGGGGUUAUACAAAUAUUUGCUCUAUCCUGUGUUGUAAUGCAGGCGAAGUUCACCUUUCAAUUAACGUUUAGUAUGAUGUAGAGAGUGAUAUUCUGAGACCAUUUGCAAUUGGUUAUAAUUUCUAGUUUUUGAGUUAUUUAGCUUCUUAUACAGCAGCUCUCCAGUUUGUAAUCUGGUUGCUAGGGUCCAAAUUACCCUAGCAACCAUGCAUUGAUUAGAAUUAGAGACUGGAAUAUGAAUAGGCGAGGGGCUAACUAUAAAAAGAUGGGUAAUAAAAAGUAACAAUAUAUUUGUAGGGAUUUGUUUUUAAGAUGGGGUCAGUGAUCCCCAUUUGAAAUCUGGAAAGAUUUAUAAGAAGGCAAAUAAUUCAAAAACUAUAAAAGAUAAAGACCAAUUGAAAAGUUGCUUGGAAUCCUAUAACAUACUAAAAGUUAACCUAAAGUUGAACCACCCCUUGAAAAUAUGGUGCCUGAGAUUACUUGUGUACACAACUGUCCCAAAAGCAAGAGGAUUUAAUUGGUGCAUGGCUGCUCAUUGGAAUUGGAAAAUUAAAAUAGUGUUAAAACACGUAUUUGGAAAAAGGACUCAUAUAUAGACAAUUUUACAUUUAUAUUUUUAAUAAAUUCAUAUAUAUAUAUAUAUAUAUAUAUAUAUAUAUAUGUAAGAUUUGUCGGCAUUCACCAGUGAACCAGUCACUUACCGGUGCUAACCAAAGUAAUCUAUCGCAGUCCAUGAAAGCACUCACAGCAACCGCCAUCAAGAGUGUAUCACUUUAUCUUUAUUUGUGCAUGGUGCAUCAACGCGUUUCGGCUCACAUGGAGUGCUCAUGUGAGCCGAAACGCGUUGAUACACCAUGCACAAAUAAAGAUAGAGUGAUACACGCUUGAUGAAAUCAAUCCAUAAUUAACUGAUCUUGCAAACAAGUGCACUUAGCCCCAUAUGUAAUAAAAUGCACUAAGUUUGCCCAGUAGCAGUUACUCAUCGCAAACAAUUAGAAUGCUACCUGCUGAUUAUUAUGGGUUACUGCUCCUGGGCAAACUUAUUGCCUUUUAUUACAAAACCCAUUAGUCUAUUAAUGAACGUUUCUGCCAAGUAUACAAUGCUGCUAAGUAAUAAUACUUUCAUACUUUGUUUUUCACGUUUAUCAAGUGCCUUAUGAUUUUUACUGUUGAAUAAGGCCUACAAUGUAAUAUUUAAAAGGGCCGGGUCAUAAGUAUAACUAGUGAUGUGCGGGUUGGAUUUUUCCCGACCCACCUGAUAUCCGACCUCUCACCACUGUGCCCAACUUCUGGGUUCCUUUUAUAGACCCGUGCUGACCCGCCCAUAACGUCACAAAAGGGGUGAGAAGAGAAGGCAAGUGGCUAUAAAACCGGAAGUCGGUAGUGUAAGGUGGCGGGUGAGGAGAGCAAGAAGAAGAGCUCGACCUGGACCCUCCCGACAUCCGCAAUGGGGGUGUGAGGUCGGCCUGAACCCGACUGACCCACGGGUAUCGGGCCAGCUCGCACAUCACUAGUAUAAACCCUUAAUAUUCAUUUUAUUCUUUACAGAAUGUGCA